AUGGCGUCCGCGUUGUCACGGUCCGUCACCUUGGUGAAGUUCAUCUGCAGCUUCUCGCAAGAUUUCGGAGGCUACAAAAAGGUGAUGAAGAACAGUGAUGAGCACUGCGUUUGCCCGUUCCAACGAGGUGAUACUCGAGGAUCGAGCGCAUCACAAGUAUACUGGACAACUGCCGGGCCAUUGGCAAGUUAUUUCGUCAGUCAAAGUUUAUCCAGCGGAGGUUCGGGCACCGGCGCACUGUUCUUGCCGAAGUCCGAGCCAUCAUGGCAGAAAAAGGGCUUCUGGAAGCGUAUCAAGCUCAUUGAACCCCUCCUUGAGCCGAUUGUGGAGACCGUUGCGAUGCUCGAGCUGGCCACAUGCUGCAUAUUGAUGGUCUAUUGGCAGUUCAUCCAACUUCAACGAAGCUCCGUGUGCACAGAGCACAUUUCAGGCAUCCUCAUGGCCGUCCAGGCCAGCAUAUUGGUGUCCCUCCAGGACAAAUGGUUUUUUGUGCACACCGACACGAUCGGCAUCCCGGUCUUCGUCGACAACGAUUUGACGAAGACUGCCAAGUCCAUCAAGAAACUGGCUGAAAGGAUUGGUACCGUGGAGACGGUAGCUGAAAAACAGCAAAUUGCUGCUGAGGUUGACGAGUUAUAUCUGAAGAAAUGCCGCUGGUCCGCCGAGACGAGGAAGGCAGGCGGAGAAGUCUCUCCAAUGACGUGGUGA